GGAAAAUCCCGGUGACAAGGACUAAUGAUUUUUUAUGGAAGAUGAUGAUUCUAACAGGGUCAAUCGCGUCAUUAUAAAUCCUCAAAGUGACCUUACAGGGUGCAUUUAAAGUAGUACAUAUUAUAAGGGUAAGGUAUGCCCCAAUUUGCGACUUACUUCAGACACCCAAUAUAUGAAUAAGGACUUUUUAGUGUUCCAUCAGAAUGUGAGAGGAUUGAGGGAUAAAAACAAUGAGUUGUUUGGAUCAUUGCUCCCUGAACUCCCUCAUAUUUUAUGUCUAACAGAACACUUCUUAUCAAAUCAAGAGAUUAUAUGUUUAACUAUAGAUCAUUAUGUGCUUGGUGCAGAGUUUUGUAGAAAAACACUUAAAAAGGGAGGCACAUGCAUAUAUGUAGACGAAACAUUAAAUUUUUCUAAUAUUAAUUUGAAGAAGUUCUGUAUUGAACAAGACAUUGAAGCAUGUGCUGUUAAAAUAAAUCUAUUAGAUACCAUCUUAUACAUACUAUCUGUUUAUAGAUCUCCAAAUGGAAACUUUAGGCAGUUUCUAAAAGGUAUAGAUAACAUUCUAAAUUAUUUAAAUAAACCAAAUAUAGAAAUUAUUAUGUGUGGUGAUAUAAAUGUUAAUUAUCUGUCUGAAAAUUGUAGUAAGAGACAGCAAUUGGAUAAUUUACUUGCAACUUAUAAUUUAACUAACACGAUAAAUUUCCCUACAAGAAGUACAAAGGACUGCGCAUCAGCAAUUAAUAUCUAUAUUGAUAUAACCCAUUUUGAGGGUUAUACUGUCAUUCCAGUUGUAAUCGGCUUAUCAGAUCAUGAUGCCCAGGUCAUUAAGUUAGAAAAUAUACUAAUGAGUAAAAAAAUGAAUGAAGUUAAAACUAUGAGAAAUAUUGAUAAAUACUCUAUAAACGAUUUUAAAUUUAAAUUGAGUUAUGAGACCUGGGAUGAUAUAUUUAAUGAAAAUGAUGUAAACAAAAUGUUUAAUAAUUUCCAUAAUACGUAUUUAAGGAUUUUUUAUUCAUGCUUCUUAAAGAAGAAAAUUAUUGUAAACAAGAAAGAGAAUAGUUGGAUGACUAGAGAAAUAAAAAUUUCACUUAAUCAUGAGCGUGAUCUAUAUUUGAAUAUUAAAUAUAAUAAUGAUCAGGCAUUAAAAGAUUCCUAUUAACGUUAUUGUAAAAUUCUAUCAAGAGUUAUUAAGGAGGCUAAGAAAUAUCAAUACAAUAAAAAGAUAUUAACCUCCAGCAAUAGGAUCAAAACUAUCUGGAAUAUUGUCAAAACAGAAACAGGUUGAAAAACAGAAAAAGAAGGAAUAUCAUUAAUAAAUCAUAACAGUCUGCAAAUAGAUGAUCAGCACAUAAUAUCAAGUAUUUUUAAUAAAUAUUUUUCGUCAAUAGCUGACGAAAUAAGAGGUCUAAAUAUAAAUGAGAAAACUGCCAUAAAUAGUCUUCAAAAUACAGAACGAGCCUAUCCUAGGAUUAAAUUUGUAAAUACAUUAACCCAGGAGAUUCGUAAGAUUAUAAAAUCAUU